ACGUCAAUAUGCCACCAAUUCUCAAUAAAAACAAAAAGGACUUAGCUGAGCAAGAGGGCCGAAUCUUAUUAGCCAUUUCCGAUUUAAAAAACGAACGAAUCUUGCGCGUGGCUCAAGCUGCAAGGAUUUAUAAGAUACCCCGGACCACUCUACAGAGGAGAUUAAGCGGUACUCAACAAAGAUCUCAAAUACGCGCCAACAGUCAUAAAUUGACUCAAUUUGAGGAGGAAUCACUUGUCAAAUGGAUACUCUACCUGGAUAAACAUGGAUUACCUCCUCGGCACUCUCUUGUUGGAGAAAAAUGGGUAUAUAACCUUGUCAAACGUCGUCCAGAGAUUGAAUUAAAAUUCUCGCGGAAAUACAACUAUGAACGUGCUAAAUGCGAAGAUUCGAAUAUAAUCCAAGAAUAUUUUCAUCGCGUACGAGAGGUUAUAUUGGAAUAUGGAAUCCUGCCAGAGGAUAUCUAUAAUUUUGAUGAGACUGGCUUUGCUAUGGGACUUUGUGCAACUGCUAAGGUUAUUACUGGAAGUGAUUGAUAUACUCAGCUAAAGCUAUUAAAACCUGGUGAUUGAGAAUGGGUAACUGCAAUUGAGGCAGUUAACUCAACAGGAUGGACUUUACCUUCAUAUAUUAUCUUUAAGGCAAAGAAAUAUAUGCGGUUAGGCUGGUUUGAGGAUCUUCCAGCUAACUAGAUAAUCAAUAUCAGUGAUAAUCGAUGGACAACAGAUAAGAUUGGAUUAGAAUGGCUUAAACUCCAUUUUAUUCCUC